AAAGGAGUCAACUGUUGAUAGUCAGUCCUUCGAUAUUAUAAUUUAUCGUUGGUGCAUCUGCAGCGGUUAAAACCUAGUACCUGCACCGAAGUAGAAAAUUUCUAACCAUAACCAACACCCAAAAAAGUUGGUGUGAAUCGCAGUUCUCAGAAGUAAAAGAAAGACAAAGGCCAUGUCAAUUCAACCUAAAGAUUUGUCUCAUCAUCUUUCGGUGGAAAGUGCUUCUCGUAGGCCAUCUCCACUAAAGGCAAUCGCAGGCUCUGUGAGUAAAAAGGGAAUCAAUGUGAUUUCUUUGGCUGGAGGACUUCCUAAUCCUCAAUAUUUCCCUUUCCGUAAGAUGGGCUCUGAAAUUCCUUCUAUCGGUUCCUGGGUUCGUGGUGCUGAAAACGAGGGCAAAUUGUCAGAUUUCUCUGUCUCAAUGGAUUCCGAAGAUCAAGAUGACUUACCCCUUUCUGUCGCUUUGCAAUACGGAAAAGGCUCUGGUUGUGCUCAAUUGACAAGCUUUUUGAAGGAACAUACCCAAAUGAUUCACUCCCCUCCUUAUGCCAACUGGGACAUUUUGCUUACUACCGGUAAUACCCAAGGCUUGGACAUGUGCCUUCGUAUGCUUAUGAACCGUGGAGACAGUAUUCUUGUGGAGAAGUACACCUUCCCCUCCGCUCUUCAGGCUAUGCGUCCUAUGGGCUUGAACGCUGUCUCAGUGGACAUGGAUAAGAACGGAAUGUUGCCUGAAUCCUUAGAAGAAAUUUUAAAUAAUUGGAAGGGUGGAAACAAACCUCGUGUUUUAUACACUAUCCCUAGUGGUCAAAAUCCCACUGGUAGCACAUUGUCAGUAGAACGAAAAGAGAAAAUAUAUGCCCUUGCUCAGCAACAUGACUUUAUAAUCAUUGAAGACGAACCUUAUUAUUAUCUUCAAAUGGACGAGUAUCAGGGAAAACCUGAGGCUGUUGAUCCCAAGUUUACAAAUGAAGAGUUCGUCAAUAAUCUGAUCACAUCUUUCUUACACAUUGAUGUCGACGGUCGUGUCAUUCGCAUGGAUUCUCUUUCAAAGGUUGUUGCUCCUGGUUCUCGUGUUGGUUGGAUCACCGCUCAACCUUUGUUCAUCGAGCGUAGUCUUCGCUAUACCGAGACUGCUUCUCAAAAUGCUUCCGGUAUAUCUCAAGCCAUGUUGCAUGCCUUGUUCAAGACCUGGGGACAUGAUGGAUACCUCGCAUGGUUGAAACAUAUUCGUUAUUCUUACACUGAACGUCGUAAUGCUCUACUCUAUGCUAUGGAUAAGCACCUUCCCAAGUCUAUCUGUUCUUACAUUGCCCCUGAAGCCGGCAUGUUCAUUUGGUUCGAGGUGGACAAGUCGGCGUACAAGUUUGCUGACCAAGGCAAGAGCAUCGCCGAAAUUGAGUCAGAUAUUCAUGAGGAAGCAAUUCAAGAUGGUGCUAAUGUUGCCUGCGGUAAUUGGUUUGUGGUUGAUUCUUCAAUCAAUGACAAGAUCUUUUUCCGUGUCACCUUUGCUUAUGCUGAGCUUCCCGAGUUUGAGACUGCUAUAGAACGUUUUGCUAAUGUUUUGAAGAAGUUUUUUAAGUCUUAAAUGUAUAUUAAAUAUCUGCUGCAGUUUUCAGUAUCUGAGGAUGAUAGUUACUCAUUAUAAUUUAGAUGAUCCGCCAUUUUUGUUUUUCUUUUUCUUUUUAAUACAAAGCUACUUUCUAUUAAUAAAAUUCAUAUGUUUAUUGAUGUAUAUCAAAUACAUCCAAGCUAUAAACUAC